AUGACAUUAGAAAUAAUCAGUUAUUCUCUCCAAACAUGGGCAAGUGCACUUGUUGGAGCAGCUCUCGUUGGUUGCAUUGGUCUCCUCCCGAUUUUCAUCGUUCCAGAUGAAGAGAAAAAAAGAGACAAACCAUAUUUAGAAUUAUUGCUAAGUGUUGCAGUUGGUAGUCAAUUGGCUGACGUGUUCCUUCAUCUUUUACCCGAAGCUUUUGCGUGUCCACAUGCAUCGUCAGUUCAAAUCGGUCUUUGGACUAUAGGUGGUUUAUUUAUUUUUUUCCUGAUUGAACAAGUCUUUCCAGAAGACGAUGAUGAUGAAGAUGAAAAAGAAACUUCUACGCAUAGUAAAAAAUCAGAAAGUCUUCCAUUGACAGAAAGAAAAAUCAAGACAACGGGAUAUUUAAAUUUAUUAGCGAAUUUUAUUGAUAACUUAACGCAUGGCGCAGCAAUUGGUGGUGGCUUUGCCGUUAGUUCAUUUGUUGGCAUGACGACACUGGCUGGAAUUAUUAUUCAUGAAAUUCCACAUGAAAUGGGUGAUUUUGCUAUACUUUUACGAUCUGGUUUCAAUCGAUGGGAAGCAACCAAAGCUCAACUUGUUACUGGCUUAGGAGGAGUUUUAGGCGCAAUACUAGCACUGUACUAUUCCAGCUCGAGUCAUAGUACAUUAUGGGUACUACCAUUUACUAGUGGUGGCUUUCUUUAUGUUGCCCUUGUAAAGACAGUGCCUGAUUUGUUGAAAGAGAAUGAUCUCAGACAUUCAUUACGACAAUUAUUUGGUGUUAUUUUAGGACUUUCAAUUAUAUAUUUUGUUGUUCUUUAUAUAGGAUAA